AUUUAAAAUUUCUCACCUGCCACAACUAAUCAAUUUAUAUCUAUAAAUCUGUAGUUCCUUGAAUUAAAUCUCCUAUGUCUCAAAAAUGUUGUUGAAACUAUUGAUCUGCUUCCUCUGUUGUGGUAUUGUCUCCACAUCCACAGUUGGAGCAGGAAACGAAGAUGUGAAGAAGCUGCUGUUCGCGUUUGGAGAUUCGUAUGCAGACACGGGGAACCUGCCUUCAAUUUCAGUAUCAUGGAGGCCGCCGUACGGCACCACUUUCCCCGGAAAACCUUCUGGAAGAUUCUCCGAUGGUCGUGUUCUUACGGAUUACGUUGCCUCAUUUUUCGGCGUAAGGCCGCCUUUGGCGUACCGGCGGAUCCAGAAUUUGUCGGCGGUAGAAAACGGGAUAAAUUUUGCUCAUGGAGGGACUGGGGUGUUCCAAACAUUGUUUGAUCUCCCAAACAUGACUACACAGAUUGAUUUCUUCCAACAACUUAUAGAGAAAAACGUGUUUGGCAGUGACGACUUGAGCUCCUCCAUCGCCCUCGUCUCCCUUGCCGGCAACGACUAUGCCGCUUACCUUGCCAGAAACGGCACCUUCCAGGGAUUAGAAGGCUUCUCAAGAUCAGUGAUCAAUCAGCUGAUGUUGAAUGUGAGAAGGCUAAAUAGGUUUGGAAUGAAGAAGAUAUUUGUGAGUGGGAUUGGACCCCUAGGCUGCUUGCCGCAAAGCACAGCCUCAAACUCGUACCAAAAUUGCAAUGCAGCACUCAAUAAUUUCUCAAUCUCACACAACCAAUUGGUGGAGCAAAACAUAUUCCAAUUGAACUUGGAAGCUGCUGCUCCCGUCUUCACGUAUUUGGACCUCUACACUGGCCUCAUGUCUGCCUUGGGAGGCGUGCCGAAUAGAUUGAAGCCGUGCUGCGCUGGUGAAUGUGGAGCAGUUGACAAGAAUGGGAAGAACAAGUAUGUAGUGUGCGAGAAUCGUAGCCGUUCCAUUUUCUGGGAUUCCAUCCAUCCCUCCAAUUUCGGUUGGAAUGCUGUUUUUUCGGCUCUUGACAAAUCUUUCCUCAUAUGAGUCUUGUUACUUUCUACUUGAUUUUCAUUAUGUUACUUCUAAAUUGUGCUAAGACAAGCUAUAUAUGUCGAUUCUAUAAUAUCGUGCUUCUUAUCCUGUUUUUAUC